UUAGGUUAAAAAAUAAAUCAUAUUAAUGAAAAAAAAACAAAUUUUGCUAGUGAUCGAUCCUUGUGUUAGAGAUUUAAGGAUCACUAAGAAUUGAUGUUGUGUCGACACAUGAUUGGCUAGAGAGAAAAAUAUAUUUUUUUUUAUUUUUUGACUCCCUCAUUCUCUCGCAACGCCUUUGUCCGUCGUCAUCACCAUCUCCAUCGCCUGUGCAACCAGCGACAAUUCAAGUGGCGAAAUAAGAGUCUUUGGUUCAAUGAUGAUUCAAUCAGUUUUCCUGGAACAGUUGCAGAACUUGGCUGGACAACACUCAAAUGUCCUUGAGAACUUGACUCCGACAGUCAGGAAGCGUGUCGAGGUUCUAAGAGAGAUUCAAGAUUUGUUGGCCCAACGGAUGGCCACACGAGAGUUCUGCAGUUCAUAUUCCAUCUUCUUACCGUAUUCCAAAGAGCUCCAGGAGAGCAUCGUGGUGGUGAACCGUGAACGCCAUUGGGAAAUUGAACUUCACAUUGUCUCCAGCAUCAUAGUAGCCUCCAGUCAAGUCCACCUGCAACUCAUACCAUGUUAUUCAAAUGGAUGCUUUAAGCUUUUACCGGCUAGUAGUGACAAUGGGUUUACAGUUUAGUCUUACAUGAGCAGAGGAGCCAUCAGAGAGGCCAGAGCUGAAUCUUCAUGAGAGUUUUUGGUCACCAGGGAUACGACCAGAACGCUGACCUUGGAAAAAGAGCAACGACUUUGAGAGUGCUUCUCUGUAAUUGGGACUGGCAUAGGUUUGUUCGAGUAGAAGCACAGAGAGAAGGAACACAAAGUAGAAAGGAGAAGCCAUUCUUGUAAUCGUGUUCGCUUGAGGGUACGGCUCGUUCACACACGCGUAUAUAUAGCGAGAGAAUGAAAACGAGGCUGAUGAGAUUUAGAGCGAAAAAUAUGGCUUUUUUGGAAUUCACUGUUAAAAAACGGUUUUAAGUUAUAGAAAAAAAUAAAACUGUAGGAUUUGAUUUUAAAAAUUCCAGGUUCUGUUUAGUGUUCUUGCAGGUUUUUGUUUUGAAAACUGCAGUUUCUAUUUUGAAUACUUUCAAGUUUUGGUUUUUAAACUGUAGGAUUUGAUUUUAAAAAUUGCAGGUUCUGUUUAGUGUUCUUGCAGGUUUUUGUUUUGAAAACUGCAGUUUCUAUUUUGAAUACUUUCAUGUUUUGGUUUUUAAAACUGCAGGUUCUUCUUACAAAUUGUACGUUUUGCUGCCACUGUGAUUCAGACUUGAGAGAAGCUUUGCAACUGGUGCUAAUUCCCACUCUUCUCGCAAAAGGGCAUAGCCCGAGAAUGUGGAGUAUGAAUUAUUCAGCUCCACACCUUCUUUCUCGUUCUUUUAUGCCAUGCUUGUUUAAAAUUUUAUUGAAUGCAAUAUUUUUAAGUUUUUAAAAGUAUAAAUGUCUUAUAAAUUUAAACAAAAUACCAUAAUAAUUUACAAUUACAAAAAAAUAUAUUUUUAAGAACCUUCAAUGGACCUGUGAAAUAUUAAAGUUUCUUUGUGAAAUAUUAAAGUUUCUUAAGAAGUUCUUAAUUUCACUUUUUUCAAAAUUAAGAAAAAAUUUUGUUUUAAGAUAUUUUCAUUAUAUUCUUUGAUGGAGAUACUCUUAGUAUAGAGACUAGAGAGAACGUUGAAUGUCUUGGUAAAAAAAUGUAUGCAUGUAUCUUUGCCGCUUUGCGUGCAUGUGAGUGUGUAAUUAUACUGUUAUCCUCCCAUGUACGAAAUAAACCAGAACACUUCUUGAAUGACAUGUGAAAAUUCAUAACUU